UGGUAGACUUUAUUUCUUUAAGGCCAGUUUUAGUUUUUCAGAUAAGUUGAGCAGAAAGUAGUUUCUCCUAUUAUUAAACUUUCUCUUAUUAAUGACAACUUGCAUUGGUGAGGUACAUUUGUUACAAUUGAUGAGCUAGUGUUUCCACAUUAUUCUUUAUUGAAGUCCAUUGUUUAUUUUAGGCUUCACUCUUCGUAUACAGUUGAGUUUUGCUAAAUGCAUAAGGCCACGUAUCCACAAUUAUAGUGCAUACAGAAUAGUUUCAUUGUCUGGUACUCCACCUCCAAUAAUUUCUUUUCAGUUAACGCCACUGUGUGGUGAGAACGCUGUCUUCCCCAUCCCUCUUUGGCCUUCACGGAAAUGAAAUGACUUUUUAUCCCACUGGCCCUUUUUCCUUAUUUGUGUAUCUGUCUCCUAAUUUGUAAGGUCUCUGGAGAGUCAGCCCGAGGUCUCCUGAUAAGCUUCCUAAAGAUCAUGGCCCCCCUGCUUGGGAUGGACUGCAAGGGAUCUAACAUGAAGAAGACAGCCCAGGAAACAGACUAAAUCUUUCUAGAAGCAGUGUGAGGAAGACAGAAACCGUCCCCCUCCCUGGACUGGCCAAGCCACCGGCCCAGCGCUGCUACCACCAUGCCCAAGAGAAAGGCAAAAGGCGAUGCUAAAGGUGACAAAGGGAAGGUGAAGGAUGAGCCACAGAGGAGAUCGGCACGCUUGUCUGCUAAACCGGCUCCUCCAAAACCAGAACCCCGGCCCAAAAAGGCCCCUGCGAAGAAAGGAGAGAAGCUGCCCAAAGGGAGAAAGGGAAAAGCGGAUGGUGGCAAGGAGGGGAACAACGCUGCAAAGAACCUAGAUGCUUCCACAGUCCAGCCACAGAAAGCAGAAGGCAGUGGGGAUGCCAAGUGAAGUGUACUCUUUUUGAUAGCUCUGUACUUCUAGAGACUCUACUGUUCGAAAUACUAUUUUUCUUUAAUCAAGUUUUAUAAAAAUGUAGAAUUUGGGUUUGUUUUUUUUUUUCCCCCCAAACUUAUGUUGUUAGCAUACAAGACACGUUGUUUUUUGUGGUAAGUGCAGAUACCACUAAUAGAAUGUCUCAGAAGCUGGACUGAAAUGGGGAAGAUGGGAUCUUCUGUCCUUGUUUUUGAAGAUUAUUCUUGGCUCCCAGGAGAGAUUCUCUGACUUUCACACAUGUCAGCCGCUUUGGCUUAGAAGCCUUACAGCAUAGAGAAGCAAAACUUCAUGUCUUCUUUCCUGAUGCCAUCAGCGUAUACUUGACUUCCUGAAAUAGUUGUGAUGUGGCCUUGGCCCCCCUAAAAUCCUGUGUCGGGUAACAAUACCCAGGCUUUCUGUUGAUAACAUCGAGAUGGUGUAGCCCUAAAGAGCCAAGAUUCCUGUUUGUAGUUGCUGGAUCAUCCCAUUGAUAAUCUUAAGAGUUUUUAGUCCCUUUCUUCCAUGUCCGAGUUGACCUGUGAAAGAUCUUACAUGCCUCUUGUGAAAUACCCACCCCUUCUGAGAACUCCGCCUUUUCAAAACAGCAACAGAAGACUGUUGACUUUUGGGGAAGGGGAGUUUGAAAGUUGUAAAACGUUAUGGAUUGUCAACUAUGUCCUCCUGGAAGUAACUGGUUUUGAAAAGUAUCUGAUAAAGCUGAAUACAAAUUGGCUUGGUGGUAGGGGGAUCAUUUCCUACCCAAAGUCAUAGAGAUAUUCUUUACUGCAUUGUAAACAUUUUAUAGUCUUUUCACAUUUGUCUUUAGUCUGCUUUGAACUGAUUUUUGUGAAAAGUAGGAGAUAGAAGUUCAAUAUAAUAUUUUUCCCAUGUGGGUAAGUGGUGGUUGUCCCAGCACCAUCCUCUGAAUACUUAAUUCUUUCCCACUGACCUAUAACACCAGCUCUUUCAUAAAUAAAGUCUCUGUGUGGGUGGGUCUGUUGAUGAUUUCUAUUCUGACUCACUGGUCAGUUUGUCUAACCUUGUGGCAGUACUAUACAACCCUGAGUACUACAACUUUAGAAAACAGUUUGAUAUCUCAGGACAAAUCCCACCUCCAAAAAAAUUACCACCGAAUUUUUCUUCCUCGGGAGUGUCUUGGCUAUUAGCCAUUUGCUCUUCUGUACAACUUUUGAAUUGGAUUGACAAGUUCUAAAACAAAACAAAAAUGUUGGAAUUUUUAUUGGAUUUGUAUUGAAUUUAUAGACUAAAUACGAUGUUGAGUCUUCCAAUCCGUGAACAUGAUAUACUUCUCCAUUUAUUUAGCCUUUUUAAAUGUCUUUCAAUAAAGUUUUAUAAUUUUCUCCAUAAA